AUGGAGGGUGGGCUCAAGAGAAAAGAUACAACAAAAGGGCCGCCUUUGCGCAUCUUAUCGCUCGAUGGCGGAGGCGUCCGUGGUUAUUCCAUGUUUCUCAUCAUCCAAGAGUUGAUGCACCGCACCUUUGUCGAAAUAGAAGGCAGAGCACCGCGCCGCUCCGAGAUCCCUAAACCAUGCGACCACUUCGACCUUAUCGUCGGCACCGGGACCGGCGGCCUGAUUGCGAUUAUGCUGGGAAGGUUACGACUCGAUCUCGAGACAUGCAAGGAACUCUAUGUGCGCCUUACCCGCAAGGUCUUUGAGACAGACAAGACCAUUGCCGGCAUUCCCUACCGAUCAACCGUGUUCAAGGCAACGAAGCUGGAGGAAGCUAUUCAGGACUGUGUGAGGGAACAUACUAUCAACGAGAGGGAAGGAAACGAUGGCGCUGUUCAAGAUACUUUCAGUCCUUUGAGUGCCGUCUCCCGCUCAAGCGCGGCCUCUUCAUAUCCUAGAAGACACUCCAGCAAUGCCAGUGUCGUUAGCUUCAGUGCAAGGAGUCCCAGCGCACAGUCAAUAAGGCCCACUUUCAAUUCCCGCUGGGGCAAUCCCCAUGCUCGUCUCUACGACGAGAGGGAGAACCGUACGAAAACGCAAGUAUCUCAAGGAGUCCUGGAUUAG